AUGCACCACAGGUGCAGCGCCCCCGCUCCCCAGUCCGCUUGCCCUCCACCACCCCAACCGUCUUGCGGAUGUGGUGGCAGGAAAAAGCGCUCGCUCGACCUGCCCCACUUCACGGAACUAUCGGCCACCUCGGCUGACGAGCUUUGCAACAGUCCAAGGCUGAAGGCGCUUCUUCAAGAGAACAUGUCCGAUGACCUGAACACCGCCAAGACGUCGCUCGCCUCAGCUGCCGAGGGGUUGAACGAGAAAUUCGUCAUCGUCUGCUCGGCUGCGCCCGUCUCCUUCGCCACCGCUCAGCAGAUGGAAUUCUGCAGCGCGCGUCGCGGUGACGUCUUCUGUGACAUCUUCUCCGAC